AUGUUCUUUUGCUUUUUGCAGUCUCGAAGAUAUGACUCCAGAACUACCAUAUUUUCUCCGGAAGGUCGCUUGUAUCAGGUUGAAUAUGCCAUGGAAGCAAUUGGACACGCAGGUACCUGCUUGGGAAUUCUAGCAAAUGAUGGUGUUCUGCUAGCAGCAGAGAGACGCAACAUUCACAAACUUCUUGAUGAAGUCUUUUUCUCAGAGAAAAUAUACAAACUCAACGAGGAUAUGGCCUGCAGUGUCGCUGGGAUAACUUCAGACGCCAAUGUUCUAACAAAUGAACUGAGACUGAUUGCGCAGAGGUACCUGUUACAGUACCAAGAGCCUAUUCCUUGUGAACAACUGGUAACAGCCCUGUGUGAUAUCAAGCAGGCUUACACACAGUUUGGAGGAAAACGUCCUUUUGGUGUUUCUCUGCUGUACAUUGGCUGGGAUAAGCAUUACGGAUUUCAGCUGUAUCAAAGUGAUCCUAGUGGAAAUUAUGGAGGAUGGAAAGCUACAUGCAUUGGGAAUAAUAGUGCUGCAGCUGUGUCAAUGCUAAAGCAAGACUACAAAGAAGGAGAAAUGACCUUGAAGACUGCACUUGCAUUAGCCAUUAAGGUUCUAAACAAAACCAUGGAUGUUAGCAAGCUCUCUGCAGAGAAAGUUGAGAUUGCAACACUGACAAGAGAAAAUGGAAAGACGGUAAUAAGGGUUCUGAAGCAAAAGGAGGUGGAGCAGUUGAUAAAACAACAUGAGGAGGAAGAAGCAAAAGCUGAACGUGAAAAGAAGGAAAAGGAGCAAAAGGAAAAGGAUAAAUAGCACAUGAAAUCAGGUGUUCCGUAGAUAGCAUAGGACCUGCUUCAGUAAAAGAUAAUCCGGAUUUCUGUUUCGUAGAAGCCUACAAAUAUGCCAUGGAGGACCAAGAAUACUCUUGAUGAGCCAGGUCCUUAAUCAUCAUUCACAUAAUUAGUUUACCACUCCUUACACUGAAAAAUAAUUGCUUUAAUUCUUGAACACUUUCUUUUGUCUCUAUUUUUUAUUAUGGAAUAAAAUUAAGAAGAAGAGUAAUGGGUGUCUUUAUUUCCUGAGUAAUACCUGGGUAUGUACAACUUUGAAAGAAUUUACUUGCUUUCAGGUAUUAAAACAAGCUAUAUGCUAGUUGGUAGAGAAGAAAUACGGUGUUAAAAUUGUUAGAAUUUUAUGUGUAUGUGUAACUUUUCUUUUAAAGUAGUGAAAAGGGCUCUUAAGUUCUGAAAAUCAUUUGUGAGGUGUUUUCACAAAUGCAGAAUUAGAGUGUGCUGGCAUGCC